AUGCAGCCCCCACCUCGAAAGAGCAACUAUACAAAGUUUCUGAAGAACCUUCACACAGAGCAAAUAGCGAAGCUUCAUGCCAAAAACCAGCAUGAAUGCGACUUGCUUGAAGAUCUACGCUCUUACACCAUUAAGCGCUCGGCUAUUGAGAAAUCAUAUUCAGAGGCCUUGCUUAAAAUUUCAUCAGCUUAUCUGAAUAAGAAAAUACCUAAUAUACCUGAUUUGAAAGUUGAUGGCGCUGAAGAAAAAUGGAACAUGUGGAAUGUUUGGCGCACUGUGUUGGAAGAAAAUGAGAAACUUGCUCGCGCUAGACUUGCCGCUGUCGAGGUGUUUCAGCAGCAGAUUGCUGACGAAGCAAAAGCUUUACGACAACAUAAAAUGAAUGUAGCCAAAAAGUGCACGGACUCUUUGGCUCAAGCGCAUAAAGAAUUACAAUUAACGGUACUAGAUGUUGAUAAGACAAAGAAACUAUACUUCGACGAAGAACACACAGCACAUGAUGUCAGGGACAAAGCUAAGGAUAUCGAGGAAAAGCUCAAAAAGAAAAAGGGAUCAUUUUUUCAAUCGAUCACUUCCUUGCAAAAAAAUAGCGCGAAAGUGUCGUCGCGACGAGACCAACUUGAAGAAAAAUCUACAGGAGCAAGGAAUGACUAUCUCUUGAGCAUUGCAGCUGCUAAUGCUCACCAGAAUCGCUACUUUUUGGUAGAAUUACAAACCUGUAUGCAAAGCAUGGAAUCAUCUGUAUAUGAAAAAGUAUCAGAAUUUCUAACUCUCAUGGGUCGCACCGAACUACUUACAUGCUCAGCUACUCAACAUUCAUUCGGAAAGAUUAGAGAUCAAGCCCAACAGUUGACGCGAGAAUAUAAUCUUCAGUGUCUAUAUUUGUACUAUCCCGUGCUCAAACAGCACAUUCAAUACGAAUUUGAGGCUUGUGAUAACGACCCAGUUGAUAAUGUAACUAUGGAACACGAGUCAGUAUCAUUAACACUAGCCCAGGAGGCUCGUCGUUGGGCCACCCGAGUUGUGAGGGAAACUGCCCUUGUUAGAGAUGCAACUCGUAAAUUGCAUCUAUAUCAGGCUAUGCGAGAUGCAGGACAAAAAGUUGAUCCAAACGAUCCAAAUGGGCCUGAACUUGAAGUGCGCAUGGAUGAGCUCCGAAACAAUAUAAGACGUUCAGAAACAUCUAAAGCCAAGUAUGAAGCUCGUUUAGAAUGUCUCAGAAGCAGUGGUGCACCAGUCGAUGAAUGGUUGAAAGAAGUAGAUUUAUUAGCAGUGCAAGACACCUUACCUAGAAGCAGUAGCCUGCUUAGUGUUCGAACUGAUGCAUCUGGAGCAGCUGACCAGCCCAGUUCUGAUUCGUUCUAUGAUAGUGAUAAUACUGAGGGAGAAGUUGCCACGACUUCUGGUGUGGCUAGUACUUCAGGCCACCAACGUACUACAUCUGAUUCACAACAUGAAGAUGAUAAUGAAGAAGAUGUUGAUGCCGCUUUAGAAGAAGAGCGUAUGCGUAUUGAGCAACUUACCGUUGGAUGGGAUGACCCCACUCAAGUUAACUGGGGUGAAGCGGACCAGGAAGCGGAUGCGACUCAGACAUCCACUGUUGUGCCAGAGGCCCCUGCUGCACCACUAUACAAAUGCACUGCAUUAUAUUCAUACACCGCUCAAAAUCCGGAUGAACUAUCAAUUAUUGAAAAUGAACAACUUGAAGUGGUUGGGGAAGGAGAUGGCGAUGGUUGGCUUCGUGCUAGAAAUUACAGAGGUGAAGAAGGUUAUGUUCCUCAUAACUAUCUUGAUGUGGAGAGGGAGCAAACUUCAAGCGCUCCAGGCUUGGUGGCACAAAUUUCAUUCUCAUCUGUAGAUUACACAGUUGAAGGAGAAGAUGCAGAUAUUGUACAGUCGCCAGACCAAAUUUCAGUUAUAUCUGCACCAGUUAAACCCGAAGAACCCAAGGAAGAAGAAACGGCUAAAGCCAGUGUUGAGGAAAAACCUAAAACUUUGCCAACAUUGGGAUAUUGUUUCUCUUUAUAUGACUAUGAUGCCGAAGGAGCUGACGAACUUAAUCUUGAGGAAGGACAGAUUAUACGAAUUGUUUCUCGUGACGCUCAUGGGGUAGACGACGGAUGGUGGCAAGGAGAAGCUAAUGGAGUAAUUGGUAAUUUCCCAUCGCUUAUCGUUGAAGAAUGUGAUGAGCAUGGUGAACCACUUAGUGGGGGAGAUGAUGAUUGGACUCCACCAGAUUCCGCCCCUCCAGUAUUCGUUUCACCCCCCGAAUCCCCCACUGAUUUCAACGACGACAUUUUCGGUGAGAACAACAACACUAAGAAUGCUGCACCCCCCGCGGCUCCUCCCCCGCCCCCGCCUGCUGAUUUGGGUGACUCUAUGGACAGUCAACCAGACUUCAGCUUUAACCUUGAACUUAGUAGGAACCAAGUUGAGCACUACGAUUCACAAUUCGGCGAAGAGCAAUCUGUUAACCCGCCAGUAACCAUAGUCGGUAAGUUAAUUCUAUUUUUUUUAGUUAAAACAAUUGAUGAGGUUGUCGGUGAUAUGUUUGAAGAAGAGGAAGUGGAGGAGUUGCCGCCCGCUCCGGUACCAAAACCUGCACCGCCCAAAGUUGAAAUUACAGACGACGAAUGUGGCCUUGGGGUAGCGCAAAUAGUUAUCACAGCAGCUACCCCUAUGAUGGAGGAGCCUGACCAACCAUUUCCACCAACUGAGCCCGAGCCUGAACCCGAGCCCGAGCGCGAGACUGAAAAGACUAACCCACCUGAGCGUAUCGAGGAAAACGAUGACGAAGAAUCUUCUCUUUCUGAACAAACCGCUGUUUGUCUCCGCGAUUCUGAAGAAGGUCACGCUGAUUCAGCCCCACACCCGCAGUCAAGCUCAACAGCUUCUGAAGGAGAAUCGACGGGGGCUUCAGUUGCGUCGGGUCCCCCUACUGCUCCACAGUCCCCCCCUUCAGCCCCUCGUGCCGGGCGCGCCUCCAUCCCCGAUGAAUUAGAACCUGCGCAACUCGCAAGGCUCACAAAUCUUAAGGAGUCAAACGCUUAG